AUGUUUUGUUGUAAACGCCAGCCUGUCAUUUUGUAUCUCUUGGGUGUGUUGACUGGAAUCUUGCUCUUCUCGUUACUACAGUUUCAAGUUCACGAUCAGACAUAUGGACACAAUACUGAUGAUUUUGUUCCCCAGGCACCGCCUUUAUCCGGAAAUUCUACUGAAGAAAACACAUACUUUUUCUACAAGCACGAACACGGUAAGAUUUUAAGCCUUUUUGUUUUUAUAAAAGUUCAUAAAAAAAAAGAUUUUUUUUUAUUUAAAAAAGCUCGGCUUCGGCAAAAAUUUACGAAAUUUUGUCACUAUGUAUGUAAAAAAUGUCGAGCGAAUAUUACCUUGGUCCCCCUUCCUUACCAUUUUUUUCGUUCGACUCCAGCCUUUGGCAAUGCCACUGACGCAAGGUGCCCCUUGCAAAAAUACCGUAUUUCACAGGGGUAUCACCACUCUAAAAUUACUUUGUGAUUUUUAGGGGAAAGUGCUGUAGUCAAGGAGUUGAAGAAAAGAGUGCGGAUUCUUUGCUGGAUAAUGACUCACAACUCCAAAAAUGGAAAUAUGAGAGCGACUGCAGUCAACCGAACCUGGGGUCCCAAGUGUGACAAGUAUUUAUUUGUGUCCACCAAUGUGUCAUCUUUGCCAUCAGUUGACUUGAAUGUUACAGAAGGCCGAAAAUAUUUGUGGCAAAAAACAAAGAGAGCCUUCAAAUACGUUUACGAUCACUACGGAAGCGAAUACGACUGGUUUGUGAAAGCAGAUGACGAUACGUUUAUGUUCGUCGAGAAUCUCCGCUUCAUGUUGAUGAACUACAACAAGGAGGAGCCAAUUUAUUUUGGAUGUAACUUCAAAGUAAUUGUAAGAACGGGGUAUAUGAGUGGAGGAGCCGGCUAUAUUCUAAGUCAUGAAGCCCUAAGGCGAUUCGUGGAGGAUGGACUGUCUGAUCCAAAGAAAUGCAAAGCUGCGGACACGGGAGAUGAAGAUGUGGAGGUUGGAAGAUGUUUGGGGAAACUGGGAGUCAUCCUUGGGGACUCUAGGGACGCCUCGGUAAGUGAUGAACAUUUUUAAAUAAUCGAUUUUAGGGGAGACAUCGAAUGCUUCCAAUGGCUCCUGAAAUACACUUUGGUUCAGAAAAUAAAGGUAAAAUUCCCGAUUGGUUUGAAAACUACACUCGUUAUCCCAUUUAUAAUGAGGUAAGUCAUUGUUUAUGGAAAACUACCCCGGAACACGUUUUCUACAAGCUGCUGAGCUUUUACUUGGUAAAUUUGAAUUUUCAGAAAGGCGAAUGUUGCUCCGAUUACAUGAUCUCUUUCCAUUACGUCUCCGGUGCCAAGAUGUAUGCACUGUAUAACCUGGUGUAUCAUGUUAGAGUCUUCGGCGUCACCGAUGAACAUCUUCUCUUGGGUGCUCCAAAUCUUGGCCAGAAAUUGACGAAAAUAUCCAAGGAAUCGAACAGAGAGUUGGGCUCGAGGAGAAAAAAGUGA